AGCCAGAGUCAGGCAAAUGGCCCAGCACCCUCCCCGUUCCUCCUCCUCCUACCCCCACCGCGUCGCUCACCCCCACAGCUAGCCCGCACAGCCCGCCUAUUCUUCUGCACGAUGUGUGGAAUCGUCGCGGCACACGGAAUCGACAACCCCGCCGCGCACCGACCGCGCCUCAUCGCGUGCGCGAAGAAGAUCCGCCACAGAGGGCCGGACUGGUCGGGCUGCUACAGCGGCAAGCAGACCAUCCUCGCCCACGAGCGACUCGCCAUCGUCGGCGUUGACACGGGCGCACAGCCGAUCGUGAGCACCGACGGAAAGAUCAUCCUCGCGGUCAACGGCGAGAUCUACAACCAUGUCAAGCUGCGGGCAUCCCUCAAGGAGCGAUAUGCCUUCAAGACGCACUCCGACUGCGAGGUCAUCAUCCCGCUCUACAUGGAGCACGGGAAGGACCUCUGCAGCCUGCUCGACGGCAUGUUCUCCUUCGUGCUGCUCGACGAGUCCGUCUCGCCCCCGCGGGUCAUCGCCGCGCGCGACCCCAUCGGGAUCACCACGCUCUACCAGGGGCGCUCCUCCGCGCGCCCCGGCGCGGUCUACUUCGCGUCCGAGCUCAAGGCGCUCGUCGACGAGUGCGACGACAUCAUCUCCUUCCCGCCGGGCCACGUCUACGACUCCGCGGACGACUCCACCACGCGCUACUACACGCCGUCCUGGUGGGACGGCGACCGCGAGGGCCCCCGCGCCGUCGUCCCCACCGCGAAGGCGGACUUGACCCUGCUGAGGGAGACACUCGAGGAGGCCGUGCGCAAGCGGCUCAUGAGCGAGGUCCCGUACGGUGUCCUGCUGAGCGGGGGCCUGGACAGCAGCUUGAUCGCGGCGAUUGCGGCGAGGGAGACGGACAAGGUCGCGCAGGCGCAGAUCGAGGCGCGGAAAAAGAAGCUCGCGGAGGCGCAGAGCGGGCCGCCGUCGCCGAUGUCGCCCGCCCUGGCCAACGGCGCCAUCACCGAGUAUGCAACGAUCGCCUCUUGGCCGCAAUUGCACUCGUUCUCUAUCGGCCUCGAGAACUCGCCCGACCUCAUCGCCGCGCGCAAGGCGGCGAGCUACCUCGGCACGGUGCACCACGAGUACGUGUUCACCGUCCAGGAGGGCCUCGACGCGAUUCCCGACGUGAUCUACCACCUCGAGACGUUCGACGUCACGACGGUGCGCGCGAGCACGCCGAUGUACCUCCUCAGCAGGAAGAUCAAGGCCAUGGGCGUGAAGAUGGUGCUGAGCGGUGAAGGGAGCGACGAGAUUUUCGGCGGUUACCUGUAUUUCCACGCCGCGCCCGAUGCGCCGUCCUUCCACCAGGAGUGCGUGCGGCGGGUGAAGGACCUGCACACAGCCGACUGCUUGCGGGCCAACAAGUCGACUAUGGCGUGGGGCCUCGAGGCACGCGUGCCCUUCCUAGACAAGAAAUUCCUGGACGUCGCCAUGGGCGUCGACCCGAAGGAGAAAAUGUUCAGCAAGGGCGCCGCACAGCAGGUCGAUGAGGACGGCUGCCCGCGAAUGGAGAAGUACAUUCUCCGGAAAGCCUUCGACUGCGCGCCUGACGGCAAGCCCUACCUCCCUCGGUCCAUCCUCUGGCGCCAGAAGGAGCAGUUCUCCGACGGUGUGGGAUACUCUUGGAUCGACGGCAUGAAGGACCACGCAGCCGCCGUCGUUUCUGAUGAGGCGUUCGCGAAGCGGGCAGAGCGCUGGCCGGUGAGCACGCCGGACACGAAGGAGGCGUACUGGAUCCGCGAGAUCUUCGACGGACUCUUCCCCCAGGAAACGGCGGCGAGGACGGCAGUGCGGUGGAUCCCGCGCGGCGACUGGGGCUGCUCGUCGGACCCGAGCGGGCGGAGCGUGAGCAUACACCAGGCGGCAUACGAGGAGGAAGAGACGUCCAGUUAAGCGGACUGUACUAAAAGCGCGA